UGCCCUCGGCACACGCCGCAUCUACAAAGAAACUUCACGGGGUGAACUUCCCCUUACACAACAGUUUUUGCUUGGGAGGACGGAAAGAACACCAGCUUGGUGUUUUCAGCAUCUGGGCAAGUGGUUCAGCAUGGGCUAGCCCCAAUUUUCCCGUAGAGCUGGAGUGGACUGGAAAAGAACAAGGAAGAGAAGGAUGAGCAUUUAUACUCUCAACCUCAGGUUGUUCUGGCCGCUGGCCACUUGUUUUCUCAUAGCUCUGCUUCUGUUGCACCAAUACAUCUUCAGAGGCUCCGAGGACCAAGGGAAUGACUGCGCUGACCAGGGACCCGGAGCUUUCAUGCUCUUCAAGUACACCCUAGCUUUUAUCUUAUUUUACUUUUUCAUAAAGUACUGCUCAGCUCAACCUGGCACUGCUAGGAGGGCUUUCCAAAAAGUGCCGGAGGUACACGGAAAAUCAGGAGUCUCCAAGAGAGAACUACUGGACGAUCACUAUGAGAGGCAUGUGCGUCUUUCUCCACAUGUGCUGGGCCACAGCAAAGCCCAUGUUGCCAAGCUGGUGAGUGAACUUGUCAGAGUGGGUCGCACCCAUGUCCUGCCGGAGUCUUCUCUGGCCUUCCGGGGGGACUUCAUUCAGAUCGGGAGCUCCUAUGAGGAGCACAAGGUGGGCUCAGUUGACUGCUUUGACAUCCUUGUGCCUCUGAGGGCACCUCGUGGGCUAAAAUUAGAGACUGUUGUUUGUACUGACAAACCUGGAGGGCCACCGCUUUGCACGCUCAACACACCUCGCAAAGCAGAAUGGACACGCCGUCACAAGGCCUUCAUGGACACGUUCAUGCACUUGCACAAUGCUCAAAGUGUCUAUAGGAUGAGCCCAGAUUCCGUCCAGCGCUGGUUUUACACAGCUACCCAGCACCGCCUCGCUGCUGUCCGUUACCCGUUUGAGCAGCGCUGUUCCCUUAGCCUGUCUCUCAGCGAGGAGCAGCAGGUGCACCUCCGUCUGACCCCCCGCUCUGAUUACGUCUGCUGCCACAUCUCCAUGGGCAUUCGUCUGAUCCCAGCCUUUCCUCUUGGUGAUGGCGCAUUCUUGGUAGCGUCCCGGCAGGGUCAGGGAGGAGAAGACCUUUGGACGGUGUACUUUCCCAGACAAGAGCAGAGACUCCUGGCGUGGCUAAAAGGUAGACUACCCCCCAACUCGUGUCAUCUGAAGUGCCUUCAGCUUCUUAAAGAGGUGCGUAACCUCAGUGGGGAGACUCUGGACCAGCAGUCUGGAGCUGAGUGGGGAGGAGUGCUUUCAUCCUAUGCUUUGAAGACAGCUUGGCUUCGUCUACUGCUCAGUACACCACCUGAGACCUGGGAUGAGUGCAACCUUGUGGACCGGCUGGAUGAUCUUCUUCGCAGUCUAAGGGAGAGCCUACAGUCUCGGGCUCUCUGCCAUUUACUCCUUGGAGGAGUCAGUGGAUUUCUGCCAGACUCUAUCAUUCUUCCCAAACUCGUAAAGGAGAUGGUACCCUCCAACCUGUGGGCAGAAUUCAGUGACGUCACCCUUGACAUGGUCUCCUCCCGACUGGCCUACUCCUGGAACCACCUCCCUCGCCUAAUUCGCCUCGGGCGACCGCAGAGGACUAGUCUUGUUAGAGGUGUCCACUGCAAAUAUAUCGAUACGGAGUGAAGGUCAACUACAGAUGUUUUUCAUGUUUUCUGAAAAUGUAUGCCAUGUGUAUAUAUAUAUAUAUAUAUUAGUUACAUUUAUUUUUUUCCCCAAAAGCAGCAUUCAGUAGAUAGAGAUUAUCAAGACAGUCUUUGAUCUAUACAAAUAAGUAUUGUACUGUAAUUGUAGGAUGUUCUUUGAAAUUCGAUUUGAACUGAAUUUCAUAUUCCAGUGUGUGUGUUUAUUUUCUGCUCAUGCUAAUUUAUUUAGUAUUUCUAGAGAAAAAUUCUGAUUCUCAAAACUUGCUCUUUAAAAGAACAGUAAACAUUUGAUAUGUUUAUAUAUUUAGCUCCCUCAUGCGUCUGAGCUGGUAGGCUUGUGUUGACUCAGGGUGACUAUAAUGUCUCGCUUCUGGGGCAGUGAGUAGUCAAAACAGCAUAAACACCAAAGUUUUUCCACACCCACAAAGUAUUAGUAAUGCCAGCCUAAAGAGAUGAACAUCCUGUUUUGAAGGGGAAAAUGCAGUGUAGCUUCUGUAAAAUAUAUUCUGCUGUGACAUUUUGAUAAAAAAAUUGUAAAAUGUAUAGCUUGAUCAUUGCAAAACACCAUACAGAGCCAAAUUUAUCCUUUAUUUUGAAUGAAUAAAUGAGUAAUAUUGUUUCAUAACUGUAGCAAUUUCAGUAUUGCUUAAUUGAUUGCUUAUGCAUUCCACUGAUGAGUAAAUUCAUUAUUGGUGCUUUAUAUCACCUCAGUUCAUUACCUUAAUUGGUCCUCUUAAGGAUUAGGAAGCCCUUUGCUUCACUUCUUCUUACUUGUCUACAGGGACCCCAGCAUGCAUGCACAUGAUCUUCUCCCUCAGAGACAUGGCUCUGCAGGUUGUCACCAUGGAGACAUGCUACCUCAGCCCAGGGUCACUUAUUCAAGCUGUAGCUUUAGUUUUAAUGGCUGAAUGCAUUUACUUUCACAAAGGAAGCAGAGAUCUAUAUUGAUUCCUGUAGGUGCCACAGGGUUAGUUUGUUAGUCUCUUUCCUGUUCAUACUUUAUCUAUCAACUGGUUCUCGAACAAAGUGUUCAUUCAUAGCCAUGUGUGUCAGACAUAUCUUAGUUUCAUCAGCUUCACAGGGAAAUGUUUGUGGUACCUAAGCAAAAGUAUUUGCGGCUUAUUUUUGUCUGUUGUCUAAAAAGCAGAACAGAAAAUGAAAUAAGGAAAUGAAACAGGACAUGCUCUGAAAACAAUCCUUAAAUGUAGUCCGAAACAAGUCUUAAAAUACAGAGUAACUAAUGUGGAAUGUAUAUUUAUAUUAAUGUAUAUGUCAUUUAAUGUAUAUGUGGUACUGUAUGUGAAUGUAAGUAGAUUGUAAAGCACAUUGUACUUGAUGUACAUAUUAGAGAAAACAAUCUGUGUGUGUGUGUGUGUACAUGUACUUUAAUUCAUGAAUUGAAAUAAAUAUCUAUAUUUUGGACUGCA